AUGGAUGAUGUACACAGCCCCGCCGCGUCGCGUUCCCGCUUCACUGCGUUCCGCUACUCCCCCCUCACCGCCGCGCUCCGCGGCUCUUCCUUCCGCACCGCGCGGUCGGUCCCGUCCAAGCUCGCCAAACUGCCGCAUGUUAUCUCUUGCUUCGGAUUGGCGCUCGCCGCGGCUGUUCUCCUGAACGCUGCAAUGCACGUGGCGCCUGGACAUUGGUCGAAGACUUGGCUGAGAUUAUGCCCCGCGCCGUUAUGCAUGAACGGACACGAUUUCGCAAGCGGCGGUUCCGGAUUUUCCGGCGCCGAAUUCGGCGUCGCUGCUGAAGCUGGUGUCGUCGCAGCUCCUAUCGCGGAUUUCAUGGCUCUUGUAUCGAAUGACAGCAUAGCGGAGUUUUUGAAAGUGGUGACGAAACGUCCCCACAUUGCGGGUACCCCCGAAAACUUUGAAACUGCUAGAUACGUGAAAGAACAGCUGGAGGCUCACAGCCCAUUACGCGGACUACCCCGUGCUGCUCUCUCCACCCUCUUCCCGCGUGUGCUGCUCUCCCCCUCCCCCGUGCGCUCUCCCCCUCCCCCCCUGUGCUCUCCUUCCCCUCCUCCCCCCCCCCCUGUGUUCAUCCCUCAGGCUUUCGGCGUCACAGCCCACUACGCGGACUACCCCGUGCUGCUGAGCCGGCCAAUCAAACAGCGCAUCGCGAUCGUUGAGCCAAUCACGCGCGAGCUGGCGCUUCGGGAGCUUCCCGUACCUGGCGACCCGUACUCGCACGACCCUCUUGCUUCGGUGCCGUUCCUGGCCUACACGCCCGGGACGAGGGGGAGGGGUAGCAGGGGGGGAGGAGGAGGAGGAGGAGGAGGAGGAGGAGGAGGAGGAGGAGGAGGAGGAGGAGGAGGAGGAGGAGGAGGAGGAGGAGGAAGAGGGGAGGAGGAAGGGGGGAGUGUGAGAGGCCCUGUCAUAUAUGCCAACUACGGAAGAGAGGAGGAUUUCCAGAUGCUCAUUAAUUUGCUGGGAGGAGGAAAAGGAGGGGAGGGAGGGGGAAAGGGAGGAGGUGGCGGAGGAGGAGAAAGGGUGUGCGUGGGAGCGAUAGUGCUGAUGCGAUAUGGGGAGAUUUAUAGAGGAGACAAGGUGCGCAAUGCAGCAGCGUGUGGCGCCACAGCAGCAAUUAUCUACUCCGAUCCGGCUGACUAUGCCACCAACGCCACCUCUCCAGGCGCCAUCUACCCCCCCGGCCCGGGCCUACCCCCCUCUGGCGCCCAGCGCGGCUCAAUUUACGAGUCUCUUGGCGACCCACAGACGCCAGGUUGGCCAUCCCACCCGGGCGGCGAGCGCUUGUCAUUAUCCGAGGUGGCCGGCAGCCUGCCGCCCAUCCCCGCCCUGCCGCUGUCGUACGGGCAGGCGAAAUUUAUCCUGGAGCUGCUUGGGGGUGCUUUUGCCCCGGAAGAAUGGAUUGGGGAUAUCGAGGGUUUGGAGUAUCAUGUUGGGCCCGGACCUGUGGUGGUGGAGAUGGAAAUAGAGGUGAACGACACGGUUACCAACAUUCGCAACGUGAUUGGGACGAUCAAGGGUCAAUCAGAACCUGACAGAUACGUGCUGGUGGGGAACCAUCGCGAUGCGUGGGUGUUUGGCGCUGCCGACCCCAACAGUGGCACCGCAUGCAUGCUCGAGAUGGCACGCGUGUUUGGGUCAUUGCUGGCUGGCGGGUGGCGCCCUGCGCGCUCCAUCGUGUUUGGCUCGUGGGAUGCAGAGGAGUUUGGGCUGAUCGGCUCAACAGAGUGGGUGGAGGACAACGCGCCACUCCUCUCCUCUCACGCCGUCGCAUACAUAAACGUCGACACCGCCGUGUCGGGCGCUGGGUUCCACGCUGCUGCCACUCCACAGCUGGAUGACGUCAUCAGAGAGAUUGCUGAGCUGGUGGAGGAUCCGGACAAGCAAGGCCGGUCGGUGUUUGCCUCGUGGGCUGAGAGGACCAACCGCACCGUGCCCCAUCUUGGCAGGCUGGGCGGCGGCGGCAGCGACUACGCCCCGUUCCUGCAGCACCUUGGGAUUGCCGCCGCUGACUUGCACUUUGGGGAAGACUACCCCAUGUACCACAGCCUGUACGACAGCUACCACUAUAUGACAACCGUCCUGGACCCUCGUUUCUCCCGCCAUCGCGCCACUGCCCAGCUGUGGGGCGCUCUUACCCUGCGCCUGUCAGGGGAUGCGACCCUCCCCUUCAAUUACUCCACAUACGCCUUGAGGCUCAAG